UGGACCCAACGCUGGACCUGCACAACUGCAUUUUUGUAAACAAAAUCGGAUAUAUCGGAUUUAUUUUGCUUUCGCUGAUGAUAAAACCAGAACAAACCAAUGUGGGCUGAAUUGUGCAGACUUUGCGAGCGGCCGGCGGCCGACGGUGGCCACCGAGCGGCCGAAUUGGACAAGGAGAAGUUGUUAAAUUUCCUAGAAACUGAUCUGGCAUACGAAGUCAAGGAUGACGACCUUUUUUGCUACUUCUGCGUGUGGGAUGCUAGAUAUUAUUACGAAAGCGUUGCCAGACUGAUGGAAAAUAAAGAAAAAACUUUGGAUUCGCGCUGGUGGCCAGAGCUUGAUUCCUGUGACAUGAUUCUUUAUAAAGGUUAUGAAGCUGGAAAGGUAAAACAGUGUUGGAUUCCAUUGACCAAAGUUCAGUUAGAGGAAGCGACUCAACAUCAAGAAAGUGAGGAAAGAGCAAGUACCGUGACAAAUGUUCCAGAAAAUAAUUUACAAAAAACUUUGAAUAUAGAAUGCUGUUAUUGUGGACAAAUCUUUGCGCGAAAAUCACGCUGGAUUUUCCAUAUAAAAUCUAAACAUUCAAAAACUGCAAUUCGGUGCAAUUAUCACAAAAAUUGCUGCACUUACUUUAAAACUACUGGCGAGAGGGAGUCCCAUGUGAAAGAAUUCCACAUGAAGCCAAAAUCACACGAACUCUAUGAUUGCAUUUAUUGCCAACUAAAAGCAAUGAAACGAUUUACCUUCCUGAACCAUGUCAAGCUGAAGCAUUCUGAUGUUGCCAUUAAGUGCCAUUUUAAGGGAUGCGCAAGUUAUUUCAAAUCUGAGGCAGAAUUGGCCCCUCACAUAGAAGCUAAACAUAAAAGCAUUGAGGAAAGCAAAAAGUUUCAAUGCUCUGUUUGCAAUUUUAGGUCCAAAAGUAGAAUUGUUGUCGUUGAACAUGAGAUUCAGUUCCACCAAAGAAAAGCUGAAAUGUUAAAGUGUUCAAAGUGUCCCAAAAAGUUCACUACCAGAAACGCCUUACAGACUCAUACAAAAAAAAUUCAUAUUUUCAGGAAAUGUCAAGUUUGCAAUUUACAAAUAUCUGCCUCACUUUUUUUCUUUCAUUUAAAAAAGCCUUCAUGUGUUAAGUGCAAAACGGAAUUUGAUUGUCGAGGUCAGCUUGAACAGCACAAACUCAAAGGAUGCAGGCCCGAAUACUAUUGUGACUUGUGCCCUAAGGUUUUCAAUUCUUUAUCACCUUUGAAAUAUCACAUCCAUAAACAACAUAUUUUCAAUGUUAAAAGAUUAAGAGCUUUAAAAUACUUAAACCUUGGAAUUAAGUGCACAAUUUGCACUGAUUAUUUUUCCAGUAGCGGUUCUUUAAGUAGUCACAUGAAGAAUGUUCAUAAUCCCCAUUAUCAAAGCCUCACAUGUGCUCACUGCAGUAGGCAGUUAUCAAACAAAACAAGUAUGGGAAAGCACUUGGCAGUUGUGCACAAAGUGAUUGAAACGCGCUACAGUUGUGAGAAAUGUCCAAGAAAAUUCUACACUGCUUCAAAUUUGAAACGUCACUUUGACGCAGCUCACAUAAGAAAGAAAAUGAAAUGUAAAAUAUGCAAAAGGGAAAUGCUCGACUUGAAAUUGCAUAUGAAUACUGUUCAUGGUGUGAACAUGAUGCACAAUUCUUUGUCUACGUCAGUCUACAUGAUGUGAAACAGCAUACUAAAAUCUAUUAUAACGCAUCAUGCAAAAGUAACAAUGUAUAAUUAAGAAGUUAAAUAAAUUUUUUAGUCAAUUGGUAAUCUAAAAAUAUUAUAUCUCUAAAGAAAGCUGAAAGAAAGAUAAAAAUUUGAGAGAGUUCAAAAUAGAGCCCUUCGGUUUGUGCACGGGCGGCACAUUUCCGAGGCGGCCAAGACCGAGUUGCUCACUGUCCAGCAGCAGCCUAAAUACAAUGACUUGACUUUCUUCUGAAAAUUUCUGGACGGAGACACUGACAUGGACGCGAUGGCGCGAAUCAAGACCGGCUGCAAGAUAAAAGACAGUAAUAAUGACGAAGAGCACCACCGGCUCGUUCCUCCGAAAGUGCGCCUCUACUCAUUUCGCUUUUGCCUCGCAUCCCAAUGGAAUUCCCUCCCUUCUGUGUUAAAAUCGUGUGCGUCAUAUGAUUUUCCAAAAUUGUGCAAAGAGCGUGUAAAACAAAUUUGAAAAAAUUUUCCCCGUAGUUUAGGCUGCAGUGCGGCAAGUAUUCGGGUAUUUAUUGCCUCUUGGUAAAUACUCGGCUACGAGUUUCAGUGAGUUGUUGUAAUUUAUCAAUUAUCAUGUUUUGUAUUAUUCUCCAAUUUAAAAACUUUUGUACAGACCGAGAAGAAUAAAUAAUAAUAAAUUAAUCUAUUCUAAGUAAGAAUUUAAAUUUUUUACAAGUUAUUGUAACAUGAAUAUUUUUUGACUAUGAAAUAUAGGCAUUUUGCAUUCUUGUCAAUGCAAUUUCUCAAGA